AUGAAGCUGAUCAUUCUAGCAACAGCAAUAACGCUGUCCACCACAGCCUCAGGGCACUCAUGGCUGCACUGCACCAACCACAACAACACCGGUAUAAAAGUCGACAUGGCAGCCGCUGCACUCAAAACACCAGACAGACCUGUUGAUCCACUCAUGCCUUAUAACGCAUAUCUGUGCCACGGCUGGCCGCGCGCAAAGCAGAACCCAGGCAAUUGGAUGGAUGAAGGCAUAGAAUAUCUCUGGGAUCUUCCCGCCCAAGCCUCAAAGGGCGACACGCACGCCUGCCACCCCAGGCAACGCGCGCCAGCCCAAUACCUUACUCCCACAAUCACGCAAGAGCCUGAUAGCAAACCACCCUACCAUACGGCGCCGGCCCCGAUGGCAACAGCUACAGCCGGGUCGUCCAUAACACUCAUGUUCGGCGGCAACGGGCACAGCCGGGGUAAUUUCGGUGGCGUGGAGAAGGGCGACCCAGGAAGAGUUUCUGUGUACUGGGCUGGUAGUAAGGAAAAGGAGAUCGUGGAUGUGAAGGAAUUGACGAAGGAGAAUCUUGUGCAGGAUAAUGGGUUUAGUGAAGAGAGCUUUGCGUAUCCGGCGGAUUUGAAGGUUACGGCGCCGCCGGCGCUGCAGGAUAAGGGAAAUUGGCAGACGGUGCAUUUGUAA